ACUACUUUCUUCCCUUCCAUUAUCACCAACACAUCCUUCCUCUUUCUACCCAUUAAAACACUUAAACAAGCAAAUGGUGUUAAAUUCGGUGAGGCUGUUUGGUUCAAGGCCGGAUCUCAGAUCUUCAGCGAGGGUGGGCUCGACUACUUGGGCAACCCUAGCUUGGUCCAUGCCCAGAGCAUCUUGGCCAUCUGGGGUGUCCAAGUUGUUUUGAUGGGAGCUAUUGAGGGCUACAGAAUUGCCGGUGGGCCCCUCGGUGAGGUAGUGGACCCUUACCCGGGUGGUAGCUUCGACCCGUUGGGUCUUGCUGAGGAUCCGGAAGCCUUCGCCGAGCUAAAGGUAAAGGAGCUAAAGAAUGGGAGACUCGCAAUGUUUUCCAUGUUCGGAUUCUUUGUUCAGGCCAUUGUUACCGGAAAGGGACCAUUGGAGAACCUUGCUGACCACCUAACUGACCCGGUUAACAACAACGCAUGGGCCUUUGCCACAAACUUCGUACCCGGAAAGUGAAUGUGUUUUCAGUUGGGAUAAUGUGAGCCCACAAUUGUUGUUAUUAGUGCUUAGUGUAAAUGAAUGAUUAGUAUUGAGCAUUAAUGCAAUGCCUUGGUGUAAAUGGGUUUGAUCUGAUGGAACAAAAUAAUCGAUGUUGUGGCAUAUUAUUAAUUUUUUUAACA